AUUCAUAGGCCCAAUUGACACGGAAAAAUCUUAGGCGGUAAAUUGUGACUGACAUAGGAAUGCACGUGAAAAAAAAUAAUUUAUAAAAGACAUUUAAAUCUCUUUUUUCGUAUCCGCGCGUAUCUCUCUCUAGGGUUUUAUCCCUUCUUUCAUUCUUCCUCGCCAAACUAGGUUCUUCCCUCCGAUUAGAUUCUUAGGCCUCUUUUCUACUUUACGUGGGGAUUUUCCACAUUCUUUUUUGUUCUUUCUGAUUUAUUCAUCAUCGAGGAGUGAAGUUACAAAUGGAGUUUGGAGGCGCAAGGAAAAGGGGUAUGCCAGCGGGAAGCCUCAAUGGGAAUGGUGGCUUCAAGAGAUCUAAGCAAGAAAUGGAGUACUUUACUUCUGGUAUAGGAAGCAAAUCGAAGCCAUGCACAAAGUUUUUCAGUCCUUCGGGGUGCCCUUUUGGAGAGGGAUGUCAUUUCUUGCAUUACAUACCCGGUGGCAUCAAGGCAGUCACUCAGAUUCUGGGCAACAACCCCGCCAUUCCAGCAAUCCCGAGAAACCCGGUAGUUCCACCCCCUUUUCCAGACGGCCCAGCCCCAGUUGUGAAAACCCGUUUAUGCAACAAGUAUAAAACUGCAGAAGGAUGCAAGUUUGGCGAGAAAUGUCAUUUCGCUCAUGGCGAGUGGGAGCUUGGCAAGCCAAUGGCCCCAUCACAUGAUGACCCCCGAGCAAUGGGACAAAUGGGCGGCAGAUUCACUGGCGGCCGUAUGGAUCCUACUCCAAACUUCGGUCCAGCAGCAACCUUUGGCGCUUCAGCCACUGCCAAGAUCAGCAUUGAUGCUUCAUUGGCCGGGGCCGUAAUUGGCAAGGGAGGGGUGAACUCGAAGCAAAUCUGCCGUGUAACAGGAGCUAGGCUUUCCAUAAGGGAUCAUGAGGUGGAUCCCAACUUAAGGAACAUCGAACUGGAGGGUACUUUCGACCAGAUAAAGCAGGCUAGCCAAAUGGUUCGGGAACUCAUCGUGAGUGUCAGUGCAGCUGCAGCCGCCUCGUCAAAACACUCUGGGAACCGCAACAGCAGCCAGCAGCACGAAUCGAGCGCGGCCAGCAACUAUAAAACGAAACUUUGUGACAACUUCAACAAAGGAGCUUGCACUUUUGGUGAGAGGUGUCACUUUGCACAUGGAGCAGAAGAACUCAGGAGGUCAGGGUUAUGAAGAGGUAGUAGCUCCUCAGGUAAUUAAUUAAGUGCAUGCGUUCUUAUAAAUGGAUAAAUACAUGUGACACUAAAAUACAAUCAUUGUGAUAUUGUAUGUCUCUCUACUUAUAAAUUUGCUUCUAAUUUUUGUUUGUAGAAA